UUCAACCUAACUAAACAAAGGAAGAGAAGGUGUUGGAGAAGAGGGGAACGUAGCUGAAACUGCAGAAGGAAAAGCAGCGGAAAAAGGUCAUAAAUCACAGAUCGAUCAUCUCUGGUUCCAAUUCCGAUUCCGGACAACAUUUCUCUGUGGGUGGUUUGAGCUGAAGCAACAUCAAAAAAUGAUUCUAGACAAGAAUGCGAUUCAGGAAACCCAUUAUAAGGUUCUUAACGUCAAAGAAGAUGCAAAUUAUGAAGAAAUUCGUACCAGUUAUCGCAGUGCUGUACUCAGCUUACAUCCUGAUAAGCUAUUGAAGUCGUCAGAGAGAUCCAGCAGCAAUGAAAUAGAUGGAGAGAGAUUUCUGAAAGUGCAGAAGGCAUGGGAAAUUCUGAGUGAUUCAAGCUCUCGCUCGUGUUAUGAUAAGGAGCUGCGAAGCACAAGACAGGAUUUCUUGGCUGCUGAAGUUGCCGAGGAUUUAAGGUUAGACGAUAUGAUGGUUGAAGAUGGUGGAGAAGCAUUGGAACUGUUCUAUCAAUGCCGAUGUGGUGAUUACUUUUCUGUAGAUUCGUUGGAAUUGGAGAAAAUGGGAUAUUCUUUAUUGAGGGAGGGAAGUGGGAUAUCUAUACUCAGUGUUGAUACUUUACCUGGAUCAGUGAUUCUUCCAUGUGGAUCUUGUUCGUUAAAAGCUCGUCUGUUAAUCUGUAUGGAUGACAUUUGAAAUUAAAUUAUUACCAAUUUUUUGUAUGAAUACUGACUGUUGAGAUCA